GUGACGUAAUAUUCAAGCGACUGUACCGCGCGCGUUGUUUGGAGGCAGGAUUUGUGGAUAGACGGUGUUGUCUCGUAUUAUUUCGUUCUCGGGGUAAUAAAUUGUUAUUUUUCCACCGAACACUUUUGGGGUAAGAAGCGUUAGCAUGUUUAGCCCCCGGUCCGUUCCGAGCUCGGCCCGCAUGCAGCAGAGCAGAACCCCCGGGAGGAAGAGCGUCUCCGGUGCGGCCACCGGCCUCCAGCUCUCCGCUCGGAGGGCGUCGCUGCCGGCGAGGGCCACCCCCGCCCGACUACAGAGCCACGCAGCCGCAGAAACCAUCAGCUAUGAUGUGCAGACGUUCGGCUCUUCUCUGCCUGUCAAAGUCAUGGAGGCUCUGACCAUGGCUGAUGCUGACGACCAGAUCUCAGUCAGGGUGACUGAAAGCAGCUGGGCCUGGAUGGUCUGUGGAGAGAGACUCAUCAUCUGGAAGAUCUGCCAGGCGGCUGUAGCUAAGCUGUCCGUGUGUAAGGAGCUGCAGCUGCCCAGCAGUGAGUACGACUUCACGGCUGACGUUGUAGCUGUGACGUCCACCGUUCCUUUGGAGAUGGCUGCUGCUCAGUCCGUUUCAGUCCUGGCCGUGAGUGCAGAAGGAACGGCUCGCUUCUGGCCCUGUCUGGCCCAUGAGGGAAACUACACAGAGUCCAGUGUGGACCUGGGAGACCUCUGCAACUUUGUUGUUGCUGUCAGAGGUGGGAGCUUCAUCGUGGCAUCAGUCAGGAGUCAGCUGCUGAGAGUGAGCGCAGAUUCCUCCGGGAAGCUUCAGUGUCGAGCUCUGCAGCAGGGUCAGGGUGUGCUCUCUGGCAUCGGCCGCCGUGUCUCCAGCUUGUUCGGCAUCCUCUCUCCACCAGCCGAUGACGUGCUCCACAGCGUUGUGUGGGUGGGGAGAACCAGCUGCUUGUACACCCUGACCUCCUCCAGGCUGAGUAAGUGGGAGGUGGACGACAGCUCGGAGCACCAGAUCCUCAGCUGGGACACCUGCAAAGCUCUAAACGAGAGCAUUGUUGAGUCCAUUUGGGGUUCAGAGAGCAGCUACGGUGGCUUGAAGAGCGGGGCAAACGUUGCAUACCUGGACAUGAAGUUAAGCCAAUCUGGCCUGGUGGUUUUGGCUGCAGCCUGGCACCCGUCGGACACCCCGUGCCUGGCUUACUUCUGUCUCGUCACCCUGCAGGACGAUGGGUCCACCAUUUCUGACCAGUUUACCGUCCAGGUGACCAAGUACAGCUGUGUAUUCCAGACUAAGGAGGCUCUGCAGGCUACACGCUUGCUGUUGCCCUGGUCCCCCAGCGCCACCGCCUUCCUGUACAACGAGGAGUUGGUGUUUGCUUGUUCGACGGGCACCAGCAGGGCAACGCUGCCAGAUGAGAAAAUCAGCUUUACCUCACCAGGUGAUGGCAUACGUGGAGGAGGCCACUGCGCCAACCUGCCGGUGUUUUUCUCUCUGAACAGUGGCCUGGUAGUGGUCGUGGCCAGAGAGAGUGCUUCCAUCCUGCCGGAGACCAUGGAGGACUCGCUGUGCUCCUCCCUGGCUGCAGCCCCUGAGGUUUCUGCCGUGGAGACUCCAACCAGGAAAGCGCCUGUGGGCCAGGAGGACAGGACCAAGCUGCUGAAGGCUGCCUUCCUGCAGUUCUGCCGUAACGACCUGGUGGGAGCGCAGACGGUCACUGAUGAGCUGUUCCCUGCUGACGGGGAGGCUGGAGCUGAGCUGGACAGCGUCGUGACUCGGAUCAACCUGGACCUGAUAGAUGAUUACCCAGCCUCAGACCCUCGCUGGGCUGAGUCUGUCCCAGAAGAAAGUGCCGGCUUCCCCCUCACGUCCCUCAUCAUCCUCCACCAACUGGAAGACAAGAUGAAGGCUCACUGUUGCUUCAUGGACUUUCUGCUGCAGGUGGGUCUGUUGGACCAGCUCAGCCAGGUGACGGUGCACUCGUCUCCCAUGGCAACUCGUCUGCUGCUGUGCGAACACGCUGAGAAGCUGCAGGCAGCCAUGGUGCUGAAGAACCACCACACCAAACACGCUGAGCUGGUGAAUGGAGCCAUCAGCAUGGCUCUGCAGAGGAGGAACGUGGCGGUGCCGCCCAGCCUCACGGUGGCUGAUGUCUUCUUCAGAGAGGUGUCUCAGAUCUCCUCCGUGUUUGAGUGUCUGCUGGAGGAGGAGGAGCGGAGUCUGAAGGUCAACCCUGUGGAUUCUGUGCAGUGGGCCGAGGUGGUUCUUACCAUCAACAGCAUCAUCAAGGACAUGCUUCAGGCCGCAGGUCAGUACAGGGAGACAAAAGCCUCCAUGUACAGAGCUUCUGAAAAUGCAGCUGCAGAGCCUGAAUACAUCCCCUGGACAGCAUCUGGCGGCGUUGGAGGAGUUCGCACCAUCAUUUCCCGCCAGCACGAGAUCAUCCUGCGCUCGGUUUACCCACACGCCGACUCUCAAUUACGCUGUGCCCUCUGUGAGCAGCUGGUGGUGCUGUUGGACAUGUUUCUGGGCAGCUACGUGGCCCAGCUGACAUCCCUGCAAAAGCAGAGGCCUUCAGCAGCCCAGCAAGACCGUUACAACAGCCUGGAGAUGGAGUACAGCCAGCGCCGCUCGGAGCUGCUCACACCGCUGUUGGAGCUGGGUCAGUACCAGUGGGUAGCAGUGCUGGCUGAGAAGUUCUGUGACUUCGACAUCCUGGUUCAGAUGUGUGAGCAGACCGACAACCAGAGCCGCCUGCAGCACUACAUGGCAAAGUUUUCUGACCAGAACUUUUCUGACUUCCUGUUUCGUUGGUACAUGGAGAAAGGAAAGAGAGGGAAGCUGCUUUCCCAGCCAGCUGCUCAGCACCAGCAGCUGGCCAGUUUCCUGCAGGCCCAUCAACACCUCAGCUGGCUGCACCAUAUCCACGUCCAGGACUACCAAAGUGCUCUCAGGACGCUGUACAGCCAGGCCAACAUGGAGACGCGCUACUUUGCAAAGAAGACCACGCUGCUGGCUCUCAGUAAACUAACGGCGCUGGCGUCUGACCUGCCGGAGGAGGAACUCAACAAACAAGUGGAUGACAUUGUGGAGCAGGAACGCUUCCUGCUGCAUCAGGAGACUCUGCCCAGACAGCUCCUGGAGGAGAAGCAACUAAACCCCGACACCAUGCCUCUGCUCAGCGCUCACAACCUCAUACAGCUCUACAUCUGUGAUGACAACAGGAGGGCCAACGAGUACGACUUCAAAAAGGCGUUGGACCUGCUCGAGUACAUCCACAAGGAGGACUCUGUAGACAUUGAUGCUCUGAAGUGUGAGAUCUUCGGCAAAGCACUCAGACGAGAUGACUGGUCCUCUGUUGAUGGGAACGACGAUCCUAUAGAAGCAGCUAAGGACAGCAUCUUUGUGAAGAUCCUCCUCAAAGUAAUACAAGAAGGUGUUCCCUUGCAGACGUACCUGCCCGAAGUCAAAGAGCUGCUCGAACUCGAUGAGCUGAGUUCUUUGAAAUCCAAACCUUGUUUUGAGUUUGUUCUUCGAGCUAAUUAUGAACAUUACCUUCAGGCUCAAAUGUGACGACCCUGCAUGCUCUCAACAAAGCCGACUCGCUUUGUCUGCAUUUUUCACUUUCUCGUUUUCAUCUUAUAUUUUCAAAUGUUUCAUUUUCUAAAUAAAUAUGCAUUUAUUUCUGAA